GACUAUGCUUUCCUUAGGCCAGCCCCGGCAUGGCGAUCUGCCAUGGACCCGCCGAGGCCACUGCGAGGGCCGGUGCUCCCGCACGAGAGUGCAGGUGGUUCAGAAUCUUGCCCUCGCCCUCGCCGCCUCUCCUGGUGCCCUUUGUGUCUCUCGUCGGGCGCUCCGCACGUCUCGACGUGCAGCAACGGACUGCGCUCCCGCUUCCCUGCUGACGAUGCUGCCCCAGGAGGCCGAGAUCGAUGAGACCCACAGCUUCGCCACAGGCGAAGUUCAGGAUCCGGCGCCCCGCCCAAAAGAACCAAGCCGGGCCUUUACGCUGGCUGGCUGGACAGUGGACUCGGACCUCUUGGGCGCCUUGAACGUGGCCCACCAAGAGGCGCUGCGGGCCAAGCACCGAAUGGUCUCCGAGGACUCCCUGGUCUUCGGGCUCCUAUCCGUGCGCUCCGUGGCCGCCAAGUUCUGCCCAAGCAGGGCUCCCGUGGCCUUGGCCCGUGUCACCGCGCGCCUGGCCAUGGUGCCCAACCAGGUGGAGGUGGGCGGGCCCGGAGUGGUUCUGCCGGGCCACAUGCUGCCCAUCAGCCGCACCAUUCAGGAGACCAUGGCGGAGGCCUUGGAGUGGCAGAAACUGCUGCAGAACGGAGGGCCCUUGGCGCCAGAGCACGUGGCUUUGGCCUUGCUCCAGCGUGGCUUCCGCAGGAAGAAUGCUGGAGUGAUGUAUCGGCUGCUCAAGAAGCUGCACUUGCAGGUGGCGGACCUGCGGUGCGCGAUGCUGCUCGCCUUGCCCGGGCCCCGCGCCGCGCACCUCGCCCGCCACAGCCAGCGCCUCCACGGCCUUUCCCGCGACGGCGCGGGCGGAGGCGGACUGUGGCCGCAGCGCCUGGCGAGCGCCUUGAACCAGAUGACCUCCGGCCUCACGGAGCGCCACAAGGAAGCGAAGAUCUUGCUACUGGCGGCGGUGGCAGGGGAACACGUCCUGCUCCUGGGCCCCCCGGGCACGGGGAAGAGUAUGCUGGCGCAGCGUUUGGCCGCGCUGUGCCGCGGCAGCUUCUUCGAGCAGCUGCUCACGCGCUUCACGGUGCCGGAGGAGGUCUUUGGUCCGAUGUCUUUGAUCUCCCUGCAAGACGACAAGCUGGAGCGCAAGGUGGCGGGAUAUUUGCCAACGGCAGACGUUGCCUUCCUGGACGAAGUCUUUAAAGCCAAUCCCGGGGUGCUGAACUCCUUGAUGACCGUCCUGAACGAGCGGGCCUUUGACAACGGACCGCUGCGGCAAGAUAUCCCGCUCUGGUGCUUGGUGGGGGCCUCGAACGAGCUGCCAGACUCUGAGGCGCUGAACGCCCUCUACGAUCGAUUCUUGCUGCGCAGCGAGGUCGCCGGCAUUUCGGACCGGAAGGUUCACGAUUUCCUCAGGACAGCCCUCAACGCCAACGCCGAUCCCGACCCAAUCGCGGGUAAAGCCGCGGAGGAAACGGAGAAGAUCUUGGAUUGUCAAGUCUGCCAGCAGGCCUGCGCUGAAGCAAUGCUGCUGGAGGUCCCAGAUCGCCUGCUGGCCACGUUGACGCGCUUGCGCUGCCAUUUGCAGAGCAAGCAGGUCCUGCUCUCUGACCGGCGCCUGGUGCGGGCGGUGAAGGUUCUGCGGGUGGCGGCGCACGCCAUGGGCGGCGUCGAGGUCUGCGAGCUGGACCUACUGCUUGUGCAGCAUAUCUUUUGGGAUCGCCCAAGCCAGUCGCAGGAGGUGAUCGCUUGGCUGCACCAGGACCUACUCGAGGCUGAGGAGCGCGCUCUCCGCGCAACCCGGUGGGCGGUGCAAGGCUUUGCCUCGUCUGAACGCCCAUCCGUGACGGUGACGAAGCGGGCAAUGCGUCUCCGAGACAUCCUGGAGGAGCAGUUCCUUUCCUGGCAAAAGCUGUUGGCUGCUGUGCGGGCUCGGCUCCGAGCCGCCCAAAGCUUCAGCUGGUUGGAGGUCAAAGACCUGCAGGCGCUGGCGUCCAAGCUCCUGCCCCAGGUCGAGAACUUGUUGGACCAGGCAGAGUUGCUCCUGAUGACUCUGGUGGCGAAGGAUGUUUCGGACCCAAGCUGGGAGGCUCCCGUUCCGGCGGAUUUCUCGGCGACUUCAGACGCUGAGUUGGAGAAUCCGUCCAUCGCGAGCCCAGAGGAGGUGUCCCUGUCGCUGCUGCAGUCCGCGCCGGGGAUCGGCCCAAAGUUGGUCCAGAAGCUCUUGGCCGCCUUUGGGAGCGCCGACGCGGUGCUGCACGCCUCCCGCGGCGCUUUGGCCCGGGUGCCGGGCAUCGGACCCCGCCGCGCCAACCAGCUCUUCGCCCUCGAUCCGCGCGCCGCGCGCGACGCGCGCGAUGCGUCGGAGGUGAAAAGUGCGGCGGAUUUGGCGCGAGGAGGAUGGCACUGGCGGCGGGCUCAGAAAAUCAGCUAA